UACUUUAUAAUAAGUAUACUUAUAUUAAUAAUAGCGAUUAAGUUCGUUUAUUAUAAAAGAAUAAAUAAUAAACCGAAGCUGACUAUUUUCUAUUUAAUUUUAACUAAAAAGCUUAUUUUUUAUAUAAUUAGUAUUAUUAUUACUCUAGCUCUUUAUAACUACGCCUUUAACGCUAUAAGUUUAACGUUCGUAUCCUAA